AAAAAGGGGUUACAUUCUAAGGUUCCUGGGCUCAACCUAGACCCUCUACCCAACAAUUACUGGUCAAAUAUUGAUGAUCUAAUUAGAAGCCCAAGCCUGCAAUAUGCGUGCUUCAUCAAACGGACCGUCUCAAGGGGGUCGAACGGCAGCGGUGAUUUGCAUCAGCCUUUUCAUUUUCAAGUUUCAACCCAAGUACAGCGAUCAGCUCUCGAUUCCUUACUUUAAACUUACUGAGGUUGGCUUGGGUCUUAUUGGCUUCGGUAUCUCCUUCACAUUUCUAGGUGUAUCUCUCUUCUUUGACAGGGGUCUGCUUGCUUUAGGAAAUAUUUUGUGGUUAGCAGGGGUCAUAAUAUUGAUCGGUUGGUAUUCUACUUUGCAGCUUUUCAGAAAAAACUACAAGGGUACUGCUUGUUUUAUUCUGGGGCUCUUUUUCUUGUUCGUGCGUUGGCCAAUAGUUGGUAUAAUCUUGGAAAUAUAUGGUUGCUUUGUGGUUUUCAGUGGCUUUUGGCCUUCGGUCAGUGGGUUCCUCUGUCACAUUCCGGUUGUUGGAUGGGUUAUACAGUAUCCGGUCAUGUUCCUUGAUCGGUUGAGAAGGGGUUAGGAUCAUCCGAAUACAGGACGAAGUAUGCUAUGUUGAUCUUAUCUAAGGUACUGUUAGUUCUAUAGUUCAGUGGCUUACAUUUAGUUUCAGAAGCUUAAGAUGUUUGUAAAUGAAGACAUGGAAAACCUCCCUCUUGAAGGGAAACUAGGAAUCUCUGAAUUUUUCUUGGAAAAUUACUCAAAUCAUCCUUUGAAUUUUCUGUUCUAACAA